AGCUGCUACCGUCAAGCCACUACCUUCGUCAAGCCGAGACAGUCACGGGUGAGGAUAAAUCUGGGUUCUCGAUCAACGCCUAAACAGGGGACCGGGUUGGAUCUGCGGGGACGACACAUGGACUUCAGCUGUGAUGCAGCUCUCACGUUGUCGCCGGAGGUCAUCGAGAACCAUGGCUGAGUGAAAGCAUAUAAAGACGCGUUGAACGUCUACAGAGGCUCGAUAUGCACUUCGCUGAGAUACGAUCCAAGGCAAAAUGCACUUCUUUACAGUCACCGCCCUACUGGCCUCUUUGGCUACCCCUACUGUGUAUGCAGCUGCGACAACCAAAUCAUUCGUUGCUUGUAGCACUGGCUAUGGUCCCAAGUCAACCUCUUCCUUGAAGACCGUUUCCAAGAUCUUGACGUUACCUCUCACGGCUACUCGCAUCACAGUAGUCAUACCCAAGGCGACUGUCACGCCCAAAACGACCGUCACCUCCACCUCUACGGCGACUUCAACAAGUAGCACAACGCUUACGCUGCCACAAUCAACUUCUGUUUUCACGGAGACACUGACGAACUCGUUCUUCGAGACCAAAAGCGAGACAGUAACCGUGUUCACGACGUCGACUACCCUCACGACUACAACAGAUACUGGUGGCACGACCACAGUUGCAGCGUCCGCCGGCUUUGUAUCGAUUGAGUCGUCUAUCCCAAAUUCACAGAAGAAAAGGCGCGCUAUUGCUGGCAAGCCGGUAGAUGCACGGGCUGAAAUGGGCUUGGUCGACCGAGCCGCUCCGAAGAAGUACCAUCUUAAGUUCCUUCCUGGAGGAGGAGUCACGGUUUCCCCUGCGUUUUAUCCGACUGCUGUUGGGUGUGGAGGCUUCGUGGCUGUGAUUACGACCAAGUUAAUCACGAAGACUGCAGCUAAGACGAAGACUCUUACGGCUCCUCAGCCUACCUCCUACGUUACAAGUACCUCCACAGAAGUUACGACUGCCACUAUCACACCCAUAGUUGCCUCGACGACCGUGACAGAGAUUGCUUCGGUAAGAACAAAGGCGCCCCCCCCGAUGCAAACAUACUGAUUACCCAUCUAGACCACGCAAACUACCACGACCACCUUCUCAACCACCUCCACUGUCAGUGAGACAGUCACCGUCACCGAGAGCGCGCCGCAAGCAACUUUUUACGCAGGAUGCGCCGACGACAACAUCAUCUU